AUGGCGACAGAACAGAACACCUUUGGAAUGAGCGUCCCUCCGGCUGAGUCUGGCAGGCCUACGAACGAUGACACGACAACGCAGUCCAAGACAGGAUUCACCGCGACUUUGCGGGAAGUCACCACGGCGAAUCGCUCUGGUCAGCAUCUGUACAUUACCGGUCUUCGAGGAGUCCUGGUGAUUGAGAGCUUCUUCUGGACGUAUUUCUUCACCUUCAUUCCCACAUUGGCAUCCAGCGCAACUCCAGGACCGACGUACCAAAAUCUGCUGCGGGAUGUCUUCAGCGUGCCACUAUGGAAUCCCAGCCUCAUCUACAAUUCCUUCGUUAUCCUCUCGAUGCGGACGAUCCCUGUGACGUUUCUGCAGAAUCCGACCGGUCAGGUCUACGCGGCGACAGUCAUCCGAAGGAUUGUCCGCAUGGUGCUCAUUCUCUGCGUCGGAUCCGGAAUAGCCACUGCAAUCUUUUCACAGAUUGGAGUCAACUUCAUUGACGACUUCAAGACGAGGCUGCCGAAUCAGUCCAUGCAGACUCCGGUAAAGGUACACGAUGCAGUCGCUGCAUGGAAUUCGUUGUACAACUUGUUCUGGCUCACGACCGAUUUCUUCAGCCAGGCGGCAAAUUCUUUCUGGCCAACCGGCACUUUGUGGGUGUCUUCCAUCGUCUACUUCCAGGUACGCGCUCGAGAUGCAUCGUCCAUCAAGAGCAGAUCAACAGCUGAUAGUGUAUAGUCGUUCACGGUGUACUUCAUCAUGGUCAUUUUGCCAUACACUCGCGCAAAGUGGCAUCUCAAAGGGCUUUUCUUGUUUGGAUUCGGCUCAUUCUGGAUGGGUCACUGGGGCUGGUACAGCGUCACCGGCCUGUUCUUCGCCGAUCUCGCGAUCGACCCCAUUCUGAAGGCGGAGUUGAAAUCGGGAUUCAAGCUCAAAGACGAUUGGCAUAUUCCGUACUGGGCCGCUGCUGUCGCUUCCGCCGCGACUGGCAUCGCAUUGAAGUACACCUUCGCAGUGCUUCCCCAGUUCGUGGACAGUUUGCUCGUCUUACACCCAUUCUUGGAUCUGUCGGAGUCGACCAAUCGCCAGCAGUACGCAGAAAUGGGGCCAUACGCGCGCCUUGAUGAUUGGCUCAUCAUCAUUGCAGUCUUGAUUGCCGUCGAGUCAUUCGAGACGGCGCAGUACUUGCUCUCCUUCAAGCCGUUGGUAUACCUCGGCGAACGAUCGUUCAGUGAGUAAGGGUGGUGAUGGCAGAAGGCUGGAAGCACAGCUAACCCAGCGCUUUGCAGGCAUGUUCGCCGCACAAUGCAUCUUCUUCUGGACCGGAGGCAUCAAGCUUUGGCUCGUGUUGCACGACGACAGAGGUGUCAGCACUGCCGGCGCCAACGCUGUCGUUUUCAUCACCGGCUGUCUAGCGGUUGGCGUCUUCAGCGAACUCUUCUACAGAAUUUUAGACUUGCCGUCCAGGUGGAUUGCAAAGCGCACAUAUACCUGGCUGGUCAACUGA